UUUAUUAUUACAGGACGGCAUUAAAUACAAAUUAUUAUUUCUUUGCUGAUGUUCAGCAUUGCAUAAAGGAAGCCUGUCAUAGGUGACAAAGGGGACAAACACAGUUGUUAUAAAUGGCCACCCGACGUGGUUUAUAGCCAGUCAGUAAUUCCAAGCAACAAUUGGACGCGCGGCCAUUUCGUUUCCUGUCUUGAUUUCUUCCAGCGAAAAAGUAAAAAUCUACACGACAACCUUGCGAGUCCAUUAAAUCUUCUACGGGUUCUCUCGCCUUCAAAGGAAACAGCCAUCGUUUUAUUACAACGACACCUUGGUUUGUGAUAUUGAACAACAGCAUUUUAUUUGUUUACAUUAGGUAUACAUGCGCGAUCGAGUCAACCCAGCAGAAGAUUGGGGAAAUCCACACAUAUGACUAUGUGCAAUGUGUAGGGCCAGGGGAGUUCACAUCGUAUGUGUAGUAAGCAUGGAAAAGCCAUGACUUUAACAUUUCAGCAAGUUGAACAGUGGCUUGACGAACACUACGAUCUUGCCGAAGAUUACUUUGUGAGAAAAGCAACCGCUCGGAUGGUAAAGCUAUGGCAAGAGGCGACACGAGUCAAAUGUGAACGGGAAAAAUCAAAUCCUGGCAUUGAGGAAUCGACUAUUUCAUCGGGUAUUGGCGAUAAGGAAAGUGCUUUGAAGGCUAAACAAUGUCAUUUUAAUAAUUCUGUGGAGAUUUUUAAUUCUAACGAGUGCGAAGAUGAAUGUGGAGAGGCUAGACCUCAUCGCCGUUUAUCUGAGCCUCAUCGUCAACCGACAACUCAACGCCAAUUCUCCGCUGAUGAACGAAAAAGACAGCUUUUAUACAGUAAAACUAUUCCUUCGACUUUUUUUCAGUCGCUAGACUUGAAUUUGAGUACACUGAGUGAAUUAAGAGAGGAUAAAAUAAAGCGUGUAAAAAGCCCCCCGCGACAACUACGCAAAACUAAGUCGCUGCCUAAUUGUGGACAGCAACAUCUACUAGGGUCACUGAUCGAGUCAAAAAUACGGCUUCCGUCUUCUAAGAGCUUAAACAAGGAGUCCAAACUUGACCUGAAGAACAAUAAUGAACGAGAAUUUUUCUUCGAAAUCGUACGGGACAUUGCUAACGAUCUAGACCUCAAAACCUUGAGCUAUAAAAUUUUAGUCAAUGUUGGGAUUCUAACCAAUGCCGAUAGGUGUUCGCUGUUCAUAGUAGAGGGACCUAAAGGAAAACAGUGGCUUGUCUCCAAAGUCUUUGAUGUUCACAUUGGUUCAUCCACUAAUUCUCCAGCUCAUAAAGAAGCUAUCGACCAUCAACGAGAAAUCAGGGUGCCAUUUGGAGUUGGUUUGGUUGGGUAUGCUGCAGCUACGGGUGAGACGGUGAACAUCCCCGACGCAUAUGCGGACCCUAGAUUUAAUCAAGAGGUAGACAAGCAAACUGGAUACCAUACUAAGAGCUUGCUUUGUAAACCAGUCAAGAACAAUGAAGGAGAGGUUGUUGGUGUUGCACAAAUUAUUAACAAGAAUCCUGGCGGUGUUCCCUUUACCAAAGAGGAUGAAAAGGUGUGUGAUAUGUAUCUGACAUUCUGUGGAAUAGGGAUUACAAAUGCCAAGCUUUUUGAGUUGUCUGCAAUUGAGUUCAACAGGAAUAGGGCAUUGCUGGAGUUAGUGCAUGACAUUUUUGAAGAGCAAACCUCGCUUGAAAAAGUUGUACACAAGAUAAUGAGAAGAGCACUGGGGCUCCUGAAGUGUGAGAAAUGUUCUGUGCUGCUGUUGUCCAAUCCUGUAUUAGGCAAUAGUUCUGCUGAGCACCGUGCACAGGAGUUGAGGUUUUCUAGUGUUUUUAAUCUCAAGACUACAUCUAAAAACAUCAGUAAUACAACUUACAGCGAAGGGCACGAUGAUAGGUCUUUCACGAGUCGUAUCGCUAAAUUUGUCUCGGCUACAGGAAAGACUAUUAUCAUACCAGAUGCUCUGCAAGAUGGCAGGGUUAGAAAAAUCCUAACUGAAUCCUCUGAUGGCGAUAAGAAGGAUUUCUUGUCGAUAAUGUGCAUGCCGAUUAGGAAUAAUAAGUUUGAAAUCAUCGGUGUUGCCGAAGUUAUAAAUAAACUAGAUAAAAAACCAUUCGAUGAAAAUGACGAGACAUUGUUCGAGGCGUUUGCAAUCUUCUGUGGUCUUGGUAUUCAUAAUACCAUGAUUUACGAUCAGAUGGCAAGAGCCAAGGCCAAGCAGCAAGUCGCUAUUGAGGUUUUAUCGUAUCAUGUUGCAGCCAAGAAAUCUGAAGUAGAACAAAUAGUUUCCUCACGAGUCCCAACGUCUGAAGAACUCAAUUUGUAUAGUUUCACAUUUGACGACUUUUCGCUUACUGCGGACGAAAUGUUAAUGGCAUCGAUACGGAUGUUUAAAGACAGUGGCUUCAUUGAAGCUUUUCAUAUUGAUUACGAGACACUUGGUCGGUGGUUGCUUACAGUCAAGAAUAAUUAUCGUAAUGUUAUCUAUCAUAACUGGCGACAUGCCUUCAACGUUGCGCAGUCAAUGUUCUCUAUGCUCGAGACUGGAAUAAUGAAGACCUAUCUGACUAAAUUAGAGUGUUUAGGACUCAUUGUGGGUUGCCUGUGCCACGAUCUGGACCACAGGGGGACCAACAAUGCUUUUCAAGCCAAGACGGACACUCCUUUGUCCAAGCUCUACGGAACUUCCACGAUGGAGCAUCACCAUUUUAACCACGCAGUUAUUAUCCUUAGUACAGAGGGCCACAACAUCUUCCAAGGACUGUCUGCAGAUGAAUAUCGACAAGUGAUCAGUUAUAUUAAGCACUCUAUUCUGUCUACAGAUUUAGCCACUAAUUUUAAACAACGCCCGAAGUUUUUCCCGUUGGUCGAGAAAGGAGAAUUUGAUCCUCAUAAUAUGGAUCACAUAGAUAUGUUAAAGGCAAUGAUGAUGACUGCUUGUGACUUAAAUGGGACAACAAAGCCGUGGGAAAUCCAGAAGGGGGUUGUAAAUCUUGUAACGAGAGAGUUUUUCGAACAAGGAGAUUUGGAACGAGAAAGACUUAACGUGGAGCCAUCGGCAAUAAUGGAUCGACAAAAAAUUGACGAGCUACCAAAGAUGCAAGUAGGAUUUUUUGAAACGACAGGGAUUCCAGUUUUUCAGGUUCUAUCAAAGAUCAGUAGCAAGCUCCAACCACUGGUAGACGGCGCAAAGGCAAAUAAACACCGCUGGGAACAAAUCGACAUGUCGCGAGAAAAAUAUUCAUGACACCGGUCCAUGGGCUACUUUGAUAGCUACUGUAGCAAUAUUACACAAUAUUAAUAUAUUGCCUUCACAUAGACUAUGAUAAAAAGAAUAGUAUCACAAGAAAAAUGCUCAUGAUUCUGGCUCCAGUACGACUUUGAUAGUUCAGCAAUAGCUAUGGAAGCGUCCACUACAUUAACAGCGUCAGCACAUCAUUAGACUAUAAUAAUGAUAAGCGCCGACGAAUUUAACGUACGGAUAGCAAAGGCACUGGGAAUGAUACAGCCUACAUUUUCAGCCAAUCAGAAUAUUGGUUAUGUCAGCUGACGUUCAGCCAAUCAGAAUAUAAGUGAUGUCAGCUGAAUGUCAGCCAAUCAAAUUUGUUUCAGCGCAGCGAAUCGGGUUUUUGAUGAAGCCUAUUUCAAAAGACAGCCAAUCAGAUCUUUAGGAUAUCACAGUUUAACCAAUAGCAAGAUGGUAAAGUCUUGUGUUGAUAACGGAAGCUCAGCCAAUCAGAAUCUGGCGAAGGUUCCCUCAACCAAUCAGUGGAUUUUGGAGAAAGGAGUUGUGCCAAUCAGAUGUUUGCUGCAAUUUGAAAUGUCUUCACUGGCUUAAGAACCUUUUCUACGACGUAAACUUAACAAUACGCUGACCAUGGAACAUUAUGGCUAUAGAUUUUCCCUAGAAUCAUAGAUCAAUUUUCUGUGAUGCUUCUUGAAGGGCGCUUGCUUUACUGCAAUACAACCCUUCAUGUCUUUAGUGCUGCGUUUGUCUCGCCUCUCUUCAACUACCUGAUUCAAGGUGCUUAGAAUAACCAUGCCUGUCUUGUUUUCUAGUACAGUUCUCGGCUUCUUUAUUCCAAUACCGAAUGUCGUUUAUUUUAACUUACUGCAAUUCGUGUGGCAUCAAAAUUCAUCCUUGUCAAAAUUAUGUGGAUCGCCGGUCUGAUUUGUUGGAUUUUUUUACGGUUACGCUACGAUUUCUCGUAAUUUGUCUUGCGAAAUAAAUUGUUGCAGGCUGUAUGAGACUAUGUUAAUAGCAGAAAUUCUGUUACAACUUGUCUUGCAUAGAAUCUCACAGGUUUUCACAAUGCAAGUUACACGAGAAAUCGUCGCCUUUAACAGCGUCUUCUGACAAUUCCCACUCUAAACAGUUAUGAAUUAUGGAGCUUUAACACUUCAGCAAGUAACCCAAAAUAUAGAGAUUUUCUAAAGCGUUAACCUUCAGAUAAUUGAAGUAGAAUUUUAAGGCUUCUCUCAAAGUUUCUAACUCGUAGCUCUCCAUGACUCUCAAAUGGUUUGCGCGCGUUCAAGGAUUUUGAUUGGUUGGUUUUCGUUUGAGUGCGCUGUGAUUGGUUCAUUCGUUCCGCUCGGAAACCAUUUGCAAGUCGCGUUUCAAAUGUAUGGAUAAAGCUUUCGGAAGUAUUUUUGCGACUGUCGUUGAGCAAAACAUGAUUUCCAGUGAAUGACAAAUCGGAUGUGCAAUAUAAUGGAUAUCUGAGUUUUACCAGGCGCUUUAAGCAUUCUACUGCUCUCCCUGCUAAAUUUUCAAUGACAAAGAAAAAGUUUUAUCAGAGAAAUACAAUACAAAAAGUUUUACCGAUCAGAUAUAAAGCCAAAUUCCGAACCCUUUUUAUCAAUGUAUAAGUACAUAUAUAUAUAAUAUAUACAUUGGGGUUUUUAUUGAAUAUUAUUUUACAAGUUUAGCGCAUAGUUCCAUUUAGUAAGAUAUAUAUUGUCUUAGGUUCGUUCGAAUUCAGUAACUUAUUUUAGAAAGAGUGAAUGUUGUGUCUUCGUGUUGUUCUCAUAAUAUUAUUUAGUUGUGUAUUUUCUUGUAAGUACGUCGUGGGUGAGUAAGUAAUAUAGUAAACAAACUUUGCUGCAA